CACUCAUCCAACUGCUUCUCCUCUGGAGAUCUUCAGCACUUUCUGGGGAAGAGCUCACUUGGGGCUGUGGCUCAGGCCCAGAGCAGAGGUCCCCAGGUGAGAGCAGAGCUGGCAGAGGGGGAGCUGGUGGUGAGGGGGACACUCCCUCUGCAACCCAUCACGGGCUCCUAAGCCCUGGCGGAAUCCCAGCAGCCAGCCCUCUGGGAGCAGGUGGUGCAAUCCUGGAGUUGCCUGUGGCUGCGUCUCAGGUGUGAGGUCUGAGCCAGGUUUGGGAACGUUUGCUCAAGCGGCCUGUGUGUGUUUGUAAAGCGUGGGUCUUUGCUAAUCCCUCCCCCACCUCCCACUCCACUCUGUGGGGCUCUAUACACAGUGUGGGGGUGUAGGGCCCUGGGGCAACUGCACCUGCAUAGAUGUGAGGAGAGAGGUAGCUGGCCCCACAACCCCUCUUUGGAGGAACACAGUGGAACAAAUGGUAUCGUUGAAGAGGCUGGGGGGCGGGCAGCACCAGACCCUGGCCCCUUAAUGGCCCCCAAUGAGCUAUAUAGCAUGCACCUGCAGGACCCAGCCAGCACUUGCUAGACAGCUGUUCCCACAAGAGCUGGAAGAUGCAGGAAGUCAUUGCUGGCUUGGAGCGAUUCACCUUCGCCUUCGAGAAGGAUGUGGAGCUACAGAGAGGCACGGGGCUUCAGCCCUUCGAGGGCAUGGACAAAUCGGGCUCAGCUGUAUGCAACUUCUUCAAUAAAGGACUCUGUGGGAAAGGGAGGCUCUGCCCCUUCCGGCAUGAACGUGGGGAGAAGACGGUGGUGUGCAAGCAUUGGCUGCGGGGGCUGUGCAAGAAGGGUGACCACUGCAGGUUCCUGCACCACUACGACACCUCUAGGAUGCCCGAGUGCUACUUUUACUCCAAGUUCGGUGACUGCAACAAGAAGGACUGUUCCUUCCUGCACGUGAAGCCAGCUUCCAAGUCCCGGGACUGCCCUUGGUAUGACCAAGGCUUCUGCAAGGAUGGCCCCCUGUGUAAAUACCGCCAUGUGCGCAAAAUAAUGUGUCUCCGCUAUUUCUUUGGUUUCUGCCCUGAAGGGCCCAGGUGCCAGUUUGCCCAUCCCAAGAUCAAUCUUGCCUUCAACCCGAGUUACCGGAAGAAGAUGAGCAAGACAUGGCCUGUGUCACGGGGCCAUUGUAAGGACAAAAUGAGAAAGUGCAAGCUGACACCAGUGCAUGGGUUUAAAGAGAAGCAACGAAUCCGCCCGGUGUGGCAACCUGUAGUCCAGCUGCCAGCCAGGGCCAGCCAGGGCCAGCGGGGUGCAGCAGCCGUGGAGGGCUGA